GACAGGCCUGCGCUACCAAUGCUCCCGUGGGCCAGGAAAAGGGAGCCUGAGAUAGAUCCUUUCGUAAUACUAAGUACUGUACAAGGAUAUGUGGCUCCACCCCAGAGCCUGCCAUCUUCCUGAUCAUCAGAAUGGACGGACGUACCCUGCGGUGCAUGCUGGGAUUAGGGUGGAGCUGUGGGCGCCACCAUGUUUUUGUACGGCGGAAGCGCAAGGUGUUUUAGCUCACCUGGAAAGACUAGAAGCUCAAACGACCAGACUGAAUAGAAAGUCUGAGGAACCAACGGUUCGUGAAAAGGAAAGUUCUCUCAGAACUAAGAUUCGAGAGCUGCAGCAGCAGCGAGAUAAACUGAGGGCAGAAGUGAAGCAGCGGAGAGCUAGAGUGAGUAGAAAGGUUGAAGAAUCUUCUGCCAAAGAAGAUCCAAGCCAAACAGUGAUUAGUGAGCAGGAAGAUCUGGAAAGGCAGUGGAGAAACGUGAAAGCCAUUCUGCAGGCCUAUCGCUUUACAGGGCUCAGCGGGAAGCUGACCAGUCGUGGAGUCUGUGUGUCCAUCAGCACCGCCUUCGAGGGGAGCCUACUAGAGUCCUACUUUGUGGACCUCGCCAUAGAGAAACCAGUCCGGAUCCAUCACCAUUCCAUCCCAGCCUUCAUCCCUCUGGAAAAGAUAGCCACAGCUCACCUACAGACUGAUAUUCAGCGCUUCCUGUUUAGUCUCUGGGAGUACCUAAAUGCCUACGCGGGAAGGAAGUACCAGGCAGACCAGCUUGAGAGUGACUUCUGCGCUUUCCUCACGGGACCUUUGCAGAGAUACGCCCCGUGCAACAUGCUGUCAUUCACCUAUAAAGUGGAGCAUGGACACCAGAUCUUCUCCUUCAGUGCCAGGCUGCUGUAUGAGGACCUCACAUCAGCUCUUCCCACGGAUGUCACUGUGACAAGGCCAGGUGUGGAAGCGUCAUCCCCUCGCUGGGAAGAGCACAGAGCAUCCCAUGAAAUGCUCUUCCGUACCAAGCCCCUGCACCAGGUGUUUGCCUCAUUUUCCAAAGAAACUGAAAAGCUGGAUUUGAGCCUGGUCUCCUGAAAAACUGUUUCUCUAUUUGGAACACAUAUGAAGUGAAUACACUUGCGCUGCCUGCAGUCCAGAACCUGUCAGCAAAAGCUGUUGGGAGAGCACAUGCCUGAAGACCACCAUGAGAACAGAUACCCACGUCAUGGGAAUGACAAGGAGCCUAUCUGCAGACAUAGACAAGUCCCUGUGUGUAGGCACUGGGCAAGUUAAGGACAGUUCUCUGUGACUGCUUGUUCACCUUGUACAGUGCUCCAGAAUGUCUCUUCCUCCUAGAAGUGCCGGUGUUGAUUUGAUCGUAUGUAUAUAUUCUUGCUGAAAAUCAGCUAAAAUGGGGGUAAUUGAAGACACUUUGUGUGCAUUUCUAGCUCUUGCGGGAACUAUAAAUCUAUAAUAGGGCUUGUAAUUAAGAAGGGAGAGUAUCUUUUAGACUUUGGUUUGGAGCAGCAUGUUCUAGGCCACUCUUUGAUGGGAAACAGUAUUUUUAUACUUGGGGGUUCUAUGUAUUUAAUAUUGUUUACUAUAACAAUUCAGCAGAGAAUGGAAUGCAUGAUGUCACUUUAAGGAAACAUUGUUGGAAAUCGGCACAUAGAUCAGGGGAGGCUCCCCUGUCAUGUCUCACUCCUGCAAGCUCCAGGCAUGGCUGUCCUCUUCCCAUUUCCUAGACACUUUUAGUGCCUUUUCUCUUUAACCAUUGGUCUGUGGUGUGCAACAGGUAUUAUUCCUUGGCUUAGGGCUUCUUGACAUCUUUAGGCCUGUGUGCUAGGCAGGUUCUCCCAUUACAAUUCCUGCCCUUCCUCUGCUCUUCCCAGAAAGCAUCUUUACUCCACAGGCCCAGCACCUGGGCUUCAGUCUAAGUUAGCUGCUUCCUAGAAAUCUCCAUGUGUGGGAGCUCCAGCAAACUUCAGGAAGAGAGCAUGAAAGCUUAGCCAGGGUCCCCCUA